AUGAAUACAACGACCUAUUUCCACGGUUGCAUACCCGUAGUGUUCAACAUCUCGUCAUAUGGAUUUUGGGAAAACCUAAACUCGCCAGAUGUGAUCUUCGGAUAUUCAUUGCCUCUCAUGGAGCUUCAGAUAUUACUCAUCUUCAUAUUCAUCAUCAUGAUUCACAUAUUUCUUAGAUGCAUUGGCAUUUCCCCGGUUCCUUCUUAUAUGCUGGCUGGUCUGAUUCUAGGGCCUCAAUUGUUCGAUCUUAGGGAAAGAUCAUCAGGAAAGUUAUCGUGGGAUCCUGUACUAGAUGGAAACGCGUCGUUAAGAGGCCUCUCAGUGUGUGGAAACAUUAUGCUUGCGUUUUUGAUGACAGUCAAAAUCAGCCGUAGAUUGGCAUUCCACAACGGAUGGCUACCCAUCGUGGUCGGGAUCUUGACCUUCAUUGUCCCUUUCUUCGGUGGCUUGUGUGUGCGGAAUCUCUCCACGGGCAAUAUAAACCCUUACUACUUACCGCAUAAUAAAGUCCUUGCCGAACGCACUGUUAUCAUCUCAACCCAAUCCUCUAUUCUCUUGCCCACAGUCACCUAUUUCCUGUCGGAACUAAAGAUCCUAAACUCCGAACUCGGUCGCCUUGUGUUGUCUGCAUCCCUGAUUAAUGACAUAUUCGGGUGUUUUGUCAGCGUACUAGCCUAUCUCAGGGGAACGUACAAGAAUAUCUCCCCAAUGACAGCCUACCGUGACCUUAUAGGGGUGAUAGUUUUGAUUCUUAUAGUCUUUUUAAUUUUUAGGCCGAUUGUAGAAUGGAUAGUAGAACGCACACCAGAAGGCAAACCUGUGGCAGAUGUGUAUGUACAUGCUGCGGUUUUGAGCGUAAUUGCUUCCGCCGUCUACUCGUCAUUCUUCAAUAUGAAAUACCUUUUGGGACCAUUCUUUAUGGGCAUCAUCAUACCAGAAGGUCCACCUAUAGGAUCCGCCUUGGAAGCAAAGUAUGAGGCUCUUACAAUGAACGUUCUUAUACCAAUCUCAAUCGCAUUCAGUACAAUGAGAUGCGACGUGAUGAAGAUCAUCUACGAGUACGAUGACAUCAUGUACAACAUCUUCUUAAUUGCUUUUACUGGUGUUUUGAAAAUGGCGGCUGGGAUGGUACCUUGCUUGUACUGCAAGGUACCACUCAAGGAGGCCAUAGCCGCUUCCCUGCUCUUGUGCACCAAGAGUUUCUCUGAAAUCUUUCUAUAUGAAUCCACACUCGACGAUUCGUAUAUAUCGCAGGCUACAUAUACGUUCUUGAUCAUUUGUGCGCUUAUAAACUCCGGAGUUAUCCCCACAGCCUUGGCUGGACUGUACGAUCCGAAGAAGAAGUACAUUGGUUACCAAAAGAGGAACAUCAUAAAUCUCAAACCAAACUCAGAUCUUAGGAUUUUGACUUGUGUACACAAACCUGAGAACAUCUCUGCAGCCAUUUCAUUUCUCCAAUUAUUUCCCUCCACCAUCAUGGUCACAGUUCUCCACCUCGUGAAGCUUAUUGGGAAAAUCGUCCCGGUUUUAAUCUCGCACAACGAGAAAACGAAACGGCUAGUGAAUAACUCCUACAUCCAUACCACAAACCUUGCCUUUAGCAAGUUGGAGUCGGUGACCAUGAACAUGUUCACUGCCCACACACACGAGAACCUGAUGCACGAUGAAAUCUGCAUGCUCGCGUUGGAACAUGCCACAUCGAUGAUUAUUAUCCCGUCGGGGAGGAAAUGGGCUAUAUAUGGGACAUUUGAGUCAGAGGACGAAGCCAUAAGACGUCUAAACAAGUCGUUACUCCAAAAUGCACCUUGUUCUAUUGGAAUACUCGUGGACCGUGGACAGUUCUCGUGUAGAGGCACGAAAAGGUACCACAUCAAUGUUGGUGUGCUCUUCAUUGGAGGCAAAGAUGACCGUGAGGCUCUCUCACUAGUGAAGAAGAUGAAGCAUAAUCCUAGAAUCAAAGUCACAGUGAUCCAAGUUAUCUCAAACCGAGAAACGGAGGCGACUGAUUGGGAAUACAUUCUUGAUCACGAAGUCUUAGAGGAUCUUAGAAAUACAGAAGCCAGUAAUUGUAUUUCAUAUACAGAGAGGAUUGUGACCGGUGGUCCUGAAGUGGCCACCACUGUCCGAUUGCUCUCUGAAGCUUAUGAUCUCAUGGUUCUUGGGAGAGAUCACGGCAUGGCACAACCGGACUUUGAUGGACUCAAAGAGUGGACUGAACUCCCAGAGUUAGGCGUCAUUGGAGAUUUGCUAGCGGCUAGAGAUCUUGACUCUAGGGUUUCUGUUUUGGUAGUUCAACAACAACAACAGACAUAA